AUGAUCAUGCAUCUAUCCACCAUACUUUUCCUACUACUACCAACAUUGAUUCAAUCUCGUCAACAAGAAAUCUCUUUGAACGAAGAAACACCUAUCGGAACUGUCAUCUUCGAUCUAAAUACUCUCUCGUCAUCAUCUAUCACAUAUCAAUUACUUGAAAGUUCAUCUUUACUUGCUUUCAAUUCUUCAACAAAUCUCAUAUCCAUAGCGAAACGCAUCGAUCGAGAUACUCUAUGUCCAAACGACGAAACAUGCUCGAAAUGUCAACUAACGAUUAAAUUCUACGAUAUGUUUUACUAUGACAUACUUUUACUUGUGUUCAAUAUCAAUGAUAUCAACGAUAAUCCGCCAAUCUUUAGUUCAAAUACUUAUUCCAUAUCUUUAACGGAAAAUAAUAUACCUGGAAUCAAAAUUCGCUUAUCAAAAGCUGAAGAUAUUGACUGUGCGAGUAAUGGUGUACAAUUGUAUGAACUUACGUACGUUCUUCAUGGCCAUGUAAUGAUUUCAUCGAUAAAUCUUCUUCUAAAACAUCAAAAUCAUACAAAAAACCAACCAUUCUAUUUAUUGUAUGAUUCCAACGCAGAUCUGUACCUUGUCGUCAAUCAAACUCUUGAUCGCGAAGCACAGAAUGAAUACAUAUUUACCAUAACAGCAAAUGAUUAUUCUCAUACCGUCUCAUCCAAGUUAACUCUAACAGUUCUCGAUGUUAAUGAUCAUAUUGCUCGCUUCUCUCAAUCAGUUUAUUCUGUUAAUAUAUCGUAUUCCGCCACACCCGGAACCAUUCUAUUGAAACUAACAGCCCAUGAUCCUGAUUUAGAACAAAAUGCUCGUAUUUAUUAUUCUCUAUUGAGUAUUGAUGGUUCAGCGAAUAAAAAUGAUCUUUUUCAAAUUAAUUCACAUACAGGUGAAUUACGUCUCGUUUCCAAUUUAACUCAUCUUGAAUCGAAACGUAUUUUCAAAUUAAUUGUUGGUGCAUCGGAUGGUUCGAACAAUGCCAUUCCCGCAUUAACAACUGUAUAUAUCAACAUUAUUCAACAAUCGAUUAUAACAAUAACAUUCGGUUCAAAUCGAGUCUCUUCAAAUGGUUCAGAAGUUUUCAUUCAAGAGAAUUUACCUAAUUCAACAUUUAUUGCUUAUAUAACAUCUGAUAAAGCUCUCCAAAUAUUCCCCGAAGGUAAUCAUCAAGGCUUUUACAUACAAAAGCUGUCUGAUAAUUCAAUAACUCUAUUAACCGAUCGAAGCUACGAUCGAGAAUUGAAAUCGUUUUACAAUGUUUCAAUACGCAGUGGAGACAAUGAACGAUCAUUUCGAAUUCUUGUCACCGAUAUCAAUGAUUGUCAGCCGACAUGGAAUAGUUCUUUGUUGAAUAUUAACAUUGAACCGUAUUUAAUGGUUUUAACAUUGAAUGCCACUGAUUACGACGAAGGUCAAAAUGGCAAAGUUGGUUAUCGUAAAAAAGGUUCUGUCUGGCCGAAAUGGGUCGAUUUAGUUGAAAAUCGAUUAGUUAUUAAUUGUACAAAUCAAACCGAUAGUACAUGUUGGAAUGAGUUNAAUGAUUGUCAGCCGACAUGGAAUAGUUCUUUGUUGAAUAUUAACAUUGAACCGUAUUUAAUGGUUUUAACAUUGAAUGCCACUGAUUAUGACGAAGGUCAAAAUGGCAAAGUUGGUUAUCGUAAAAAAGGUUCUGUCUGGCCGAAAUGGGUCGAUUUAGUUGAAAAUCGAUUAGUUAUUAAUUGUACAAAUCAAACCGAUAGUACAUGUUGGAAUGAGUUAUUGAAUGAAGAAGUCUAUAUUGAUGUCGAAGCGUUCGAUUACGGUCAACCGGAAUUAUCAUCGGUUGUCAAGAUACGCUUAUAUCGCAAUUCCGCUCGAUUGAUGUUCAUGAAAUAUGAAUAUUUCAUUAUUAGUAUGGCAAGUUUAUUGGGCAUUCUGUUCGUCUUAUCGAUGAUAUGUACAUGCAUCUGUUGUCGACGAAAACGAACGAAGAAGAAUAUCGAAAUCAUGGAUGAUAAUAGUACAAAACAAAAGAUCAUUCAGACAUCAUCAUCGGAACAAAGUUCAUCGGCUGGUUCGCUUUACGGAUCAGAAAAAUCGGAUAAUAUUACACUCGAAACAGCGACCAGUUGUCAUCUAGAUAUGUUCUUGUUCUCUCCGAAACGUGCAGCAACAAUGACCGACUCGCCAUAUCCAUAUACAUUUCUGAAUAAAUCAACAAACCAGGCAGAUAACUUGACCAACAAGUUAUUUCAUUCUAUACAGAACGAUCUUUCGCUGUUAACUGACUCCAAACAAGACGUUUUGGCUAAUCGUGGUACCUAUGUGUAA